AUGGAACGAGAAGUGAACGAGUGCCGCACCGCCCGAGUUGCCGAAGUCCUCGCCGACUUCCGGACGCUUCAGUACUACAUCGCAGCCGGCCCUGUCGAGCCAGAGAACGAAGAGGACUACUACACCGAGGGAUGGGCUACCUUACGCCAGUGCACCAUCGACGGCCAAUACAUCCUCGACGUGGCCGCCGAUACCAGGGUACCUGCGGCCCAGGGAGGAGAAGAGGAACAGACCAGAGCCGAACUACAGCAGGUUUUGCUAGACGCCUACGCUCGGCGGCACGAGGGGCAAAAGAUUCUCUUGAGGCAGGCGGCGGCGCAGCGUUGGAUUGAGUACCGAGACCAGGUCUUGCAGGGUCAACGACCGCAUCCGGGGAACCAUGCCCAGCUGCAGGCCUUGGACAACCAGCUUCGAGCGGAGCUGGCUGCCAUUACCGACGAGUACGUUUACACCGAGCUCUUGACCGCGGACCAAUCGCAGGGUCGCUGGACAAUGGAGGAUCCGAGUUUGCGAAGAAUCAUGCGCUGGCUUCAUGCUCGACAGCGGUAA